GUUAAACGAAGCAUCCAGGACCACACGAGCAUAUAUGCACACACAGGCAGGAGAAAAGCAGAGACGUGGCAAGGAGAAGCAAAAAGAGAAAGAAAGAGGAACAAGGUUUAUUGAAGACAGGAUGAAAUGCUUUAUAGCUGUCCUCUGUCUUCUGAGCAUCCUCCCAUCCUGCUACAGUGUUACCAGCAGUGGAGAAUGCUACUUUAAUGCUAAGGCUACCUGUGAACACAAGGGCCAGCUGUUUGACAUUGGGGAGAGCUGGUUGAACGAUGAGUGUUUCCAGUGUGUUUGUUUUGAGCCAUUUGGAGUGGGCUGUUGUGAACAUGGAAAGCAGCCAAUUGAUUUUCCAGGCUGGUGCGAGGCCGUCCGGAAACCAGGCUCCUGCACUGUUGCCGUGGUGAUGAAGGCCAAUCGUAAAUUGCCUUGCCUGUUUGGGAGGAAGAAUCAGCUGCGACUGGGGGAAGCACCUGCAUGGAAAUCAGAGAAUGAUCCACUCUUCUAAAAUAAAAACACCUCUGUGAAUGA